AUGUGCCGUCAUCAUCCCAACUCAAUCUGCGGCAAGGACGCCCAGUUCUACAACAACAAACUCAAUACAGGAACCCGUUUUCGUCUUUUCCUGUGCCAGUCUACCCAGGCUGACAUAGCGUUUAUCAUUCAUAACAACCGCGGCAAAGUCGGCAUCAAGGCCGUUGCCAAGGCUUGUGGCCUCCACUUCGACCGUGGAAGACUAGGUCGCAUUCUUGUCAGCAAGUUUUUACAACAAGUCCAAUACAUCGAAAAAAAGAUGGAAAGGGCCACUGCACAAGGCACGCAACUGCACUUCAAGUCCCUGUCAAAACUGCCCCCUGUUCUCCCCGGAGAUAGCGCUCCGGCUGCCGGUCCCCAGGAGCACCCACUGAUGACGCCUGCUCUGCAACUCGGCACUCAAGUUGGAUAUCAGAUGCAUCCGACUCAGCAGUCCGCCCACACUCGCCCAAUGCAAAUGCCCAACAACACCAACUUUCGCAGCAAUUUGCAAAACAGCUCCAUCUCCAGCACUGAAGGGAAUAUUCAAUCUUUGGAAGAGCCAUUGGUGCGUUUGUAUAAGAAGCACAAAGUAAAGAAUACAUAUUCCAACGAUAGUGCGAUCAUCACUUACGGCGAGACUGGAGCUUCUGACUAUACUGAUCUGAUCGAACUCUUUGACCAGAAAUUUGAGAUUGCUUCACAGGAGGCUGGUUAUAUCUUCACCGAGAAUCUUCAAGAAACAUCAACUCGUGCUGGUCUCAGCCUUGUUGGCUGGAAACCAAAGAGGGAUAGGAAGAUGGCUGCUGCAGACUGGUGUCGCUGGGAUUUUGAGACGGCAUAUACUCCAGAAAAAAGUGGUUUCGUGUAUGGUGUCGCUGGAAACAAUGCUACCUUCAAGCAUUUCAGUGACGAGACCAAUCUUGUUAUCGAUCAGCGGGGAUACAAUGCUUGGCUCGUUGGAGAAGCGAAAGAGUUCCUUAAGAAGAACGACCCCAAGACUUCGAUUGAAGACUACGAUCAAAAAGAUUGA